UGCACAUGCGCAUUAAGCAACCCGUAAAGCACAGCAAUAAGCUGUUUGUUUUCCGGCAGGCUAGUAUGAGUGAAAACACGUUAGUUAUGUGUGUGAAAUUUGUCGGUGUUUCUUUACAAGGUUUACCGUUAUGUGUAAGUUAGAUCAUUUGGGCAUGACGCCGUGAAAUCAACUCUUAUGGCGGCCGUAAACGGAGCAGCAGACACGAGCCAGUCGGACCAAAGCUGGGUCGAAUUCUGUGACAGACAGGCUUUGACUGCAGCUGAAAAUUUUGUCCGCAGUUAUAAAAAUUUCGAGAGUUUGACAAAUAAUGUGAACCGGUCUCGGGAUCCGAAUGAGUAUGCAAGAAAAUUCGCAGAAUACUUCCUGCGACAUUUUGACUUUGAAUUCCGUCGUUCUUCUAUGAAUGAAGACACCAACGCGGAAGUGAAAGAGAGAAAUCAAUCAACAUUCCCUAAUAAUUCAGAAACUUGGCUUCAAAAUGGCGGCGACCAAGACGAUUAUGCCGACACCCACGUUGAAAAUCUUCCCCCUCCGCAGAAUAUUGUAAGUCCCCCUGGUAGAAAACAUCACAACAAGAGUUUAAUAAGAAGACUGUCAAUACAUUUGAAAAAGAAUAGGUUUUUCAAGCAAUCAUCGGAAGACCUUGAUAGUGUGAGUGAGACUACUAAACGUAAACAAAAACAAAGUAAAAAAGAAAAAAAUCGAGUGACAAGUAACUCAGAGGGUGAUGUACAAAUUAAGAAAGAAGGGAUAGUUCAUGUACUUAGUGGCGAAGAUUCAAAAGGACAGUCAAAAUGGGAAAAAACGAAAUUAGUUUUAUCCAACAGAACAGGAAGUUAUUUAAUGGAAUUUUAUUGUCCCCCAAAGUCCCUGAAACCUAAAACUGGAAUAUUUUGUUUCCUUAUAAAUGAAGCCAGGGAAACUACUCCUUUAGAAAUGCCAGAUCAUGAAAAUAGUUUUGUUUUGAAGGGUGAAGGUACAAUAGAACAUAUUAUAGAAGCUAGUUCAGUACAAGAUAGAAGAAAUUGGUUGGAGGCUAUACAUCAAUGUAUAAUACAUACUUCUGCUAAUAAUGAUGGUUCUAUUACAGCUAUACGACCAAGGUUACCAACAGCUCCAUCAGGAUCUAUAGAAAGAAAAGAGACAACCCAAGUUGAUCAACCCCAGAGAAGUUCUUCCCAGGGUAGUCUAGGUAAUGGUGCUACAGCUUUACCUAGUAUACCUCCACGACCAUCACAGCGACCCUGGAGUACCCCCCAACAUACCCCCCAGUCCAGUUGUGCUCCAAGUACAACAGAUUUACAUAAUGAAUCAACUCGAUCGGAGUCAGAUCAUAGAGAGACAUUAGGUGAUGGACAUAUAGAUCAGUUAUUACGAGAAUAUCCCUGGUUUCAUGGUACAUUAUCACGAGCUGAAGCAGCUCAUCUAGUUCUACAACAAGGACAGAAUGGUCAUGGCGUGUUUUUAGUUAGAAAUAGUGAAACUAGAACAGGAGAAUAUGUCCUAACAUUCAACUUUCAAGGUCGUGCUAAGCACUUACGGAUGACUAUUAAUAAUGAUGGUCAGUGUCGUGUUCAGCAUCUUUGGUUCCAGACUAUCUUCGAUAUGUUGGAGCAUUUCCGCACGCAUCCUAUCCCUUUGGAGUCGGGAGGUACUUCAGAUGUUACGCUCACAGACUAUAUAGUGGCGAUGGAGCGACCUCGUACCCCAACAACGUUACCUAGAGGUUCGCCACGGUCUAAUAAUAAUACGCAAGCUGGUCUUUCCACCUCACUUUCGGCUCACAGUGGACAUUCUGAUAAUAGUCGUGAUAUCGUUGUGAUAAGUGGUUCGGUGCGGUCAAGGACAUCUUCGAUAGAAAAUGUGGUUCGUGAACAGGCUCACGGCGGCUCACAACAACAAUUAUUACAUGGACGUGCUGUGGAGAAUCAUUACUCAUUUGUUUGACUAGCUGAUUAGUUUAUUAUAUAAAAAUAAAAUUUGUAAAGUGAAUGAUAAAUGAAUGGCCGUGAGAAAACUGAAGCAAAUUUACAAUGCACACAAAUUGAAGAAUGCGUGAAAAUAGCUUAUUGUAUGACUUGAAAUUGAAAUCAUUCUGUAAAUGUUGAGUGAUUUGAUUAUGAUUCCAUUGGAUGUUAAUUGUCAUAAUAAGAAAAAAUUGUUCAGAGUUCCCAUUUUUCCGUCAGUCAGUAUUUCUGUAGCCGUAAACAUUAAGUAAAAAUAGACCUAAACGUAUCUGUCCAUUGCUCUGCAUAGUACACAACCCUCCCUUGUGCAGUUGCCAUUUUUGCCAGGCGACUUACAUCUGCAUGUAUUAUAAGAAAUUCUGCCAUGAUUGGCCAUUUUAUCAAUAUGGUGUUCAAAGCAUGAUACAGUACUUGUUUGAACAUGAUACAGUUUUGAUCAUGAUACAGUACUUGUUUGAACAUGAUAUAAUACUUGUUUGGACAUGAUACAGUACUUGAAAAUGAUACAGUACUUGAAAAUGAUACAAUACUUGUUUUAAAGUAUUUUGUAUAUACUGAAAAUUAGAAUAUUUUCAAAUAAAAUAUAGUAAACUAAUGUUUGGGUGGUGAAAUCAGGACCCUUGUUUUAGGACGUUGUUUAUUGAUUUGAAAAACAACAAAAACUAAUUGUGUUACUUUGUUUAUUAUUUAAAUAAAAAAAUGUUUAUUUUUGUUACGAAAAAUAAUUGAUGGACAGAUGUGUUUUGUAAGUAAGAGAUAAAAUAUUAAUAAAUUAGAUAUUUGAUUUUUAACUGUUGUAAAUUGCUUUUAUCCAAAAAUUUAUUAAUUUAUACAUGUGAUGCUUUAUUGUAUGCAAUUUUUUUCUACUUUAAUACCCUUGUAAAAUGCUCACAUCUAAGAGUGUCUCAUAUUGGUUAUUAAUUAACAUUUGACUUUAGAUUUCAUUUAUUAUACACUACGAUUUUAUGUUUUUUAAAUAAAUAAAAUAGUUAGGAAUAGCCUCACCUCACUUUUAAUGAUGUUCCUUUAAUUUAACUAUAUCUAUAAUCUAGUCUGAUGGUUGGGAAUAUUUGAAGGAAGUUUAGGCCAUACAAACAAAAUAUUCUGGUUCUCGGACAAUCCUUUUUUUGUGUGUUUUUAUUUUGUCAAAUGAUCACUACCAGUCUAAAUGACUUCUCAUAAACAUCACAUAUCAAGGCACUAUCUUAUCAUGUUGUUUAUAAGAAUGUAUGAUUAUCCAGUAUCAUUUAUGAUUGUCAGUUAACAUUUAUCAAGGCUGUGUUCUUAAUUAAUGAGCCUUAUGCCAUAUUUCUGGAUUUAUUCAAAGUUUUUUUUUAUAGAGCUACUUCCUGUAAACUGGGAUAAACAUUUUCUAUCCGGUAAUUACAUGUAAUGGAAUUGUUUUUAGUUUUUAAAAUAAAAAUGGGUCAUGCAGCCCAUUUUAAGUGACACAGAAUUAUCUGAGAACCAGAAUAUUUUUUUUGAUAUGGCCUUAUGGAAAUCUGUCAAGAAAUACAUGAUUAAUAUAAAGUAAAAUUAAUUAUUGAUAUGGUGAAGAUGUCUAGGGAUAUACCCACAAUAGAAAUAACUGUUUAGGAUUUACUCAUUUAAAAGAUAUAUUAAAUAUAGUUUAAUUUUCAUCAUCUCACUGAGUAAAUAGAAAAUAUUCUAUAAAAUAAAACGUGAUCAAAUUGUAUAAUUUUAUUAAUUUAAGAGAAUCACAUUUACAAAUAAUAUUAAUAACAUUAGUACUCUCAGUUUUUCAUACAGAUUCAUUACAAAAAUUAUUUAUAAUAAAUAUGAACUUGAGAUUAUUUAUUUGUUUAUUGUUUGAAUAACAAAAUAACACUUAUGAUGUCAAUACUCUAACCAACAGAUUUAAUCAAAAUCAUUAAGUUUAACAUCUGGAUAAAUCAGCAUCAAAUAUAUAAUAAAUUUAUAUAAAAUCUCACAAGCAUGAACUAUGUCUUAUUGAAAUUUGUGCAAGUAGCUUAACUCGUUCAUAGGAAGAUGCAUAUUGAUUUUUCUAUGAUAACUCCUUUAGUUAUGCCCCUCUAUUGUUAAGUCUUAUGUCCGUUGGUUUGUUGUUCAAAUUUUUUGUUAGUACGCUGGGGCUACACUAAUCUAUAUCUCUUUUAGAAAUUGAUUUGGAUCCUCAAAAUGAUUAAAACAAAGAAGCCUAUUGAAUAGUAAUCACCUCCAGUGAUAUGGUCUAUGGUAUGAAAUCUUAGAACAUUAUAAACUGUAAUUAUUGACCUAUCCUUAUGAAAUUAACAUCGAUUGCCUAUUCAAUUGAAAGGAAGAACCUUAUUGUUUUUCAACAAUUUUCGAUAACUUCCAGAGUUAUUCCCCUUUCUUACAAGAACCUUUGAUUUUGAUACAGUCUUUUUAAAAAAUGUUAUGAGUUGCUUAGCUCAUAACUGCUCAGAUAACUUAGUUGCUUGUGAUUGUAUAUUUCAUUGCCUGGCAACCUAUGUUAUAUCAUUUGAAUGUAAUGAAUAUUUAAAGAAUUGUUAUAUAAAAGGGCUAUAGGUACUACCUCCAAACAGCAUACUUAUCUCUAUGAUCUAUCUAUUUAAAUGCUGUUUUAUUAACCAUGUCUUGGAAUUAAUUUAUUAUGUGCUGAAUAAUAAAUUAUAUUAAUUAUAGAGGAAGAUAUAGCCCAAAUUAAAGCCAGUCAUAUAAAUUUUUAACAGUUUGUAAAAUUUUAAAACAGUUAUUUUACUAAUAGAAUAAGACAAAAAUUAUUGUAAAAAAAAAAACAA